UGGUACUUCGUAAUGCAUUUUGAAGCCAAAGAUUUGAACUUCACAUGAAACCCCUUCUUCCUUCUUCUCAAAACUCGAUCUCACUACUACUCUCUACUCUUACUCUUAGAUCUCAACUACACCUCCACUCUCUUAGCCUCAGGCCAUUCUCUUCAAUUUCCACUAACAAAGCCAAAUGGAACUCAACCACCAAUGUAAUCAUCACCAAACCAACUUUGUUAACCAUGGAGUCAUGCACCAACAUGCUCCAACUCAAACAAAUUCAAGCCCAAAUGACCCGCACUGCCCUCAUCACUUACACUUUCCCUAUGAGCCCCGUCUUAGCAUUUUGCGCUUUAGCUGAUUUUGGUGACAUUCAAUAUGCUCGUGUCCUUUUUUCUCAGAUUGAAAGACCCAAUACUUAUAUGUGGAACACUAUGAUUAGGGGCUACUGUAAAGCCAAAAUUCCCACCAUGGGGUUUUCAUUUUUUCGUCAAAUAGCUCAAGAAUGCGUCGAAAUGGACAGGCGGAGCUUCAUUUUUGUGCUCAAGGCGUGCGAGCAGUUUUGUAUAGUUUUAGAGGGGCAAUCAGUUCAUUGCUGGGUUUGGAAGAUGGGUUUUGAUUUGGAUUUGGUAGUGCGAAAUGGGUUGGUCUAUUUUUAUGCUGAACGUGGGUAUUUGGAUUUUGCCCAUGAAGUGUUUGAUCAAAGUUUUGUGAGAGAUGUGGUUACUUGGACCUCAAUGAUUGAUGGAUAUGUGGUGCAUAAUUGUUCAAAGGAGGCAUUGAAAUUGUUUAAUUUGAUGUUAAUGAAUGAUGUUGAGCCAAAUGAGGUUACCAUGAUUGUUGUACUUUCAGUGUGCUCGCUCAAAGGGGACUUAAAUAUGGGGAAAAGUAUCCAUAAGUAUAUAAAAAAGAGGAAUGUGAAUUAUAGCUUGAAUUUGCAAAACACUAUGUUGGAUAUGUAUGUGAAAUGUGGUUGCUUGGUUACAGCCAGGGAGAUUUUAGAUGACGUGAAAACUAGGGAUUUGUUUUAAUGGACUAUUAUGAAUCGGCCUUCAAUUCGGUCCGGUUAUGGGCAAAAACUGGAAAUAGUUUAAAAAUCGGAAAAUUUUGAAAAUCGGCCGGUUCAACAGGAGAACUUCGAACCGGAAUGGUCGAACCGGUUACUGACCGGUUGGGAUAUUUUGUCCUUUUCCCAGCCUAAACUACGUCGUUUUGGCCAGGAAGCUAAAAACUCCUAAACACUAUCACGCUCUCAUCUCACGCCUCAAUCCUCAUCUCAAGCUCUCUGCCUCCCUACCUCACUCUCACGGUCUCAAGCUCUCUACGCCUCUGCCUCACUCAACUCAAGCUCACUCUCUCUGAAUAUCCCUCACUCUCACGGUCUCACCUCAUGCAC